AAUUGUAUGCUGUGAGCUGUGAAGUUUAUUUUAUUAGUGUACGAGUCAUAAACGUAAAAGCAAAAAUUGCACUAAUUGUGAAUACGAAAAUAAUUUUCGGAAAAAUAUGAUAAUAAGCUUUGUGUUUUGUACUAAGCAUAUAUUCGGCAAUCAGCUAAAGGUUUUUACUUUGGUUGGUGUCCAUCCAAAUAUAGUAAGAAGUUGAUAAUACAUAAAGGAUUUCAUACAAUAAAUGACUGUGUUGAUGUGUUGUGAAUAUUGACACUGUCACAGUGACUAUUGUGGGUUGAUCAAAAACAGGCCGAAAUUUUUGGGUGAAAGUUAUGAUUUAAUUACAUUUUGUUUGCCUACUGGCAAGUGUACAACAAAAUAAAUUGGGGCAAUGUCAGCUAUGAAGAGUGGUGGUUUGACAAAAAAGGAAGGCAAAAUGCGGAUCCGGGCCUUUCCAAUGACUAUGGAUGAAAAGUAUGUUGAAAGUAUAUGGGCCUUGUUAAAAAAUGCUAUCCAAGAAAUACAAAAGAAGAAUAAUUCAGGUCUUAGUUUUGAAGAGUUAUAUCGAAAUGCCUAUACUAUGGUGCUCCAUAAACAUGGAGAGAGGCUCUACACAGGGCUUAAAGAAGUGGUUACCCAUCAUUUAGAAUUUAAGGUUAGAGAAGAUGUGUUGAAGUCAUUACACAACAACUUUUUAAUGACAUUGAACCAAGCAUGGAAUGAUCAUCAGACUUCUAUGGUUAUGAUACGUGACAUUCUAAUGUAUAUGGACAGAGUGUAUGUGCAACAAAAUGAUGUAGACAACGUAUAUAAUUUGGGACUUAUUAUAUUCAGAGACCAAGUUGUAAGACAUGGAGGAAUUCGCGAUCAUUUACGAGAAACAUUAUUAGACAUGGUUAUGAGAGAAAGAAAAGGAGAAAAAGUGGAUCGCAUCUCCAUAAAAAAUGCGUGUCAGAUGUUAAUGGUACUAGGUAUUAAUUCAAGAACUGUUUAUGAAGAAGAUUUUGAACGUCCCUUUUUACAACAGUCUGCAGAGUUUUAUAGAGUGGAGAGUCAGAAAUUUUUAGCAGAAAAUAGUGCUUCAGUGUAUAUAAAGAAGGUAGAGGCAAGAAUAAAUGAAGAGUCAGAUAGAGCAAAACAUUAUUUGGAUCAAUCGACUGAACCUAGAAUAGUAGAAGUAGUUGAGGAAGAACUUAUUAAAAAACACAUGAAAACCAUAGUUGAAAUGGAAAAUUCUGGUGUUGUUCAUAUGCUGAAACAUCAGAAGACUGAAGACCUUGCUUGUAUGUAUAAAAUAUUUGGUAGAGUUCAGGAUGGACUAAAAACUAUGGCAGAUUGUGUGAGUCAAUAUUUGCGAGAACAGGGCAAAGCUCUUGUUCAGGAGGAAGAACAUCAAGGAGGAACAAAUGCCAUUAAUUUUGUUCAAUCUUUAUUGGAUCUCAAGGACGGAUUUGACCAUUUUCUAAAUAACUCUUUCAAUAGGGACAAAAUAUUUAAACAAAUGAUUGCCACAGAUUUUGAGUAUUUCCUUAAUUUGAAUCCAAAAUCUCCCGAGUAUUUAUCAUUGUUCAUUGAUGAUAAAUUAAAAAAAGGUGUCAAAGGAAUGUCAGAACAAGAUAUUGAACUUGUAUUGGACAAAUCAAUGGUAUUGUUCAGAUUUCUUCAAGAAAAGGAUGUUUUUGAGAGAUAUUACAAGCAACAUUUGGCAAAGAGGUUGCUUUUAAACAAAUCCGUGAGUGAUGACUGGGAGAAAAAUAUGAUUUCAAAAUUGAAAACUGAAUGUGGAUGCCAGUUUACUUCAAAGUUGGAAGGAAUGUUUAAAGAUAUUACUGUUUCAAAUACAAUAAUGGAGGAGUUUAAGGAACAUAUUACUAAGACAGAUGCUAGUCUAGGUGGUGUGGAUCUUUUUAUGCGUGUCUUAACAACAGGCUUUUGGCCGACACAAAGUGCAACACCUAAAUGUCACAUUCCUGCAGCACCUUUAGCUGCUUUUGAGUAUUUUAGAAGAUUUUAUUUGGCAAAACAUAGUGGACGUCAGCUAACAUUGCAACCUCAGUUAGGUAAUGCAGAUCUGAAUGCCGUUUUUUAUGGGCCUCGCAAGGAAGAGAAUGAUGGUGCCUGUUCAUCUACCAGUCUUGUAACCAGUUCCCGUGCUGGAUCUCGUAAGCAUAUUAUACAAGUAUCUACAUACCAGAUGGUGGUUCUUAUGUUAUUUAACAAUCAUGAUAAACUGACAUAUGAGGAAAUAUUGAAUGAAUCUGAUAUUCCAGAAAGAGACCUAAUUAGAGCAUUACAGUCACUUGCCAUGGGCAAAGCAACACAACGUAUCUUAAUUAAAAUGCCAAAGACUAAAGAAAUUGAAGCAAGUCAUGAAUUUUAUGUCAACGAUUCAUUUUCGUCGAAACUUCAUCGUGUGAAGAUUCAAACUGUGGCUGCAAAAGGCGAGAGUGAACCUGAACGUAGAGAAACACGUAGCAAAGUCGACGAGGACCGCAAACAUGAAAUAGAAGCUGCCAUUGUGCGUAUUAUGAAAUCUCGUAAGCAAAUGCCGCAUAACAUUUUAGUUACCGAAGUAACAGACCAGCUGCGUAGUCGUUUCUUGCCUUCUCCUGUAAUUAUAAAGAAACGAAUCGAGGGACUUAUAGAACGCGAAUACUUGGCUCGUACACCUGAAGACCGGAAAGUUUACACAUAUGUAGCUUGAAUUUGCUAUAUGAAGACAGUUUGGUGCAAUUUUGUGGUUUUCCAGUAAACACUCCAACAUUAAAUUUUGUUAAUAAUAUUAAUUGUUAAUAACUCAGAUAGACAGUACUUUACUGUGAAAAUGACCUCUUGAAAGUGUGGUUUAAUUAAAUAAAUUAAUGUUAUGGGCCUGAAUUUCUCUGUUGUCACAUUUUUUGAUAUAGUAAUUAUUUGCAUUGGAUAAUUUGUAUGGAGUUUUCGUAAAAUUAAAUUUGAGUAAGUGCUUAUUUCUAUUCAUUAAAUGUUUCCUCUAAUAAGAUAUAUUCAUUACGUGGUAAGAUAUCUUAAUAUUUUUUACGUUGAAUAUUGUUCUG